AUCGAACGUCGUAAUCUAGUAAUUUUCGAUGAAGUUAAGCUCGGUUCCGGCGCGUUUGGAGCCGUUUACCUGGGGAAGCUUCUUGGCAAAUCGGUAACAAACAAGGAUGCCACGUCACCACUAGGUGUUAAUUUAAUGAGGGCAGAAAAUUGCCAGGUUGCUGUAAAGAUGCUGCCAGAGUAUGCCGAUGAUAUGUCCAGAAGCGAAUUUUUAAGGGAAAUUGGACUUAUGAAGACACUUGGAUAUCACGAAAGGCUUGUCAAUAUGCUGGCUUGUAUCACGGAGUCGGAACCACUCUGUCUCAUUAUUGAGUACUGCAGUGACGGAGAUCUACUGCGUUUUCUCCGAGAGCGAUGUAAAUACAUGAUGAAGGUAGUUUUUCUUCAAUCCAAUUAA